AGGACAUAAAGACAAACCUUGCUCGCCUUUUUAUUUUAUGUAAAAACAGACACUCUGAUCUCUCUCUCUCUCUCUCUCUUCUUCCUCGUUGAGUGUGUCCAUGAAAUAAUACGGAGAGAACAAACUGUAAAUGAAGGAAGUGGUGGCGAAGUAGCUACAACACUGAAACACUUGUUGAUUAAAAUGACGAACCGCAACAACAAUGACGAUGUUGAUUCUCGUCUCCGGGAGAAAGAGCAACAAGACAAGCUCUUGUUCCAUGACUUCCUUGGUUCCAAGACUGCAACUUUAGCUUCCACUUCCAUGUUACCACUGGAUAAGGCAGCUAAACCGGCGACAGCUUCCGCUUCCUCCGCCGGUGGACGCGGCGGUCUUUCCUCUACCUCCGAUCUUGGUAGCGGUGUGGGGAGUCAUCUUGAUGGGAUACAAUUGUUUGGACAAAGAAGAGAAGCUUCUGGCUCUAUCAUGAGCAAUCGAUUUUCCGGAAACAAAAGAAGUAACUCUGAUUCACACAUCACAACUCAAGAGCAGCACCCAGAGGCUCUGCAUUGGUCCAAGUUGCUAAGAACCGGACCUGGAAGCCAUUCCAUGAAUGUGGCAAACCAGUCUCCACGCGGAGGAGGUCAGAUCAGUCACUUGCUUCAUCAGCUGUCUUCAAGCAGGUUCAAGGACGACGUGGUGGCUCAGACAGCUGCAGAUGAAGGCUCACGAACAGGGAAGAAAGGUCCACGCAUCAUGAGUUCUUAUACAAUGCCAAACCCGAGCAAAGCCGAAUGUUAUACCCCUUCAAGUACCGCGAAUAGGAAAGAUUUGACAUCGAGUACUAAGCAGAUGACUAUCUUCUAUGGUGGUCAAGCUCAUGUCUUUGAUGAUGUUCACCCAAACAAAGCAGAUGUGAUAAUGGCUUUGGCAGGAUCAAGCGGAGGCUCAUGGUCUACGGAUUUGUCUCAUAAACUGAAGACAAAGAACAACACAAGCGACGGUCCAUACAAACAAGGACCGUUUUUGUCCCCGGAUAUUCGAGCAAGGCCGGUUCAUCAAGACACCACCUCCAGUGCCUGUCACAGAAUCUUCACACAACCAGGUAGAGAACAUCAAGGAAGUAUCAUCUCAAGGAGACGGGACACCAGAGAUCCGGUUCGCAUAUCAGAUCCUGAAAAGAAGCCACAUGAUUACGUCUGAAUAUGAGAGACGAUGAUGAAUGUGGCAUUUCUUCCAAGCUGUUAUAAGUUCAGACUUGAUAGCCAGUUACUAUGUUCUAUGCCUUUCUAAGCAUGUAUUCAAACUUAUCUUCCCCAAUGAUUAAGAGUAUAAUAGUUUUCCAUAGA